AUGGAACACGAGACUGCUGACUACAGUAGCUCUCAAACUGCACUCCAAAUCAAUGUUACCCAAAAUAUCGUCAAAACUUAUUCGUCAGUCGUAACACAACAAUUUCCAUCAAAAGAACAAUCCAUAAUAUUUAACUCUAUCAAAAAUGCCUUUCUUCAAGACUAUCUAAUACCAUUAGGAUCACUUAUCCAGCCAAAAAAUAUAUUGUUCUCCUCUCGAAUGUCCAAUCAAAGAAUAUGCAUGUAUCUUGCCAACAAAAGUGUAGUUAAUAUAUUCAUGACCAAUUACGGACAAAUCAAAAUUAAUGGCCAAACAGUAACAGCUCGUAGACUCAUCACCCCCGCCGAACGUUUGGUUCUUUCCAAUGUUUGUCCAACAAUUUCUCACGAUUUGAUACUCCAGGAACUACAGAAUAUUGGCCUCAGUUUUCUAUCAGCUAUGGUUUUCCUAAAAAUUAAUUCAACGUCACCGGAAUUUAGUCAUAUUCUCAGUUUUAGAAGACAGAUUUAUGUUAACCCACCGAAUUUUAAUGUCCCAGAAUCUAUAAUAAUUAACCACGAGAAUACGUCGUAUAGACUAAUUCUAUCUUUAGAUAACCUAACUUGCUUUAACUGUAAAAAAGCAGGACAUAAGGCAUCUAACUGCAGCGAACAAACGUUUAGUAAUACUCCUACCUAUUCUCAACCACUCGCUAAUCAAAACCCUAUCUUAAACCAAAUAGCCCCUCAAGAAGACAACGACCAGAUCACUUUACGUCAGAAUGAACCUACGACCAGCCAAAUUUUAGCCCCAGACAACGAAAAACUAAACAGCAACUUACGAACAAAUGUUACCUCAAAUAAACGCUCUGCUUCCGCAAUACUUACCCCUACUCCACAUCCUUCCGACGCUAUACCAGAUAACCUCUUCGCUAAACCUCAAAAUGUAACUGUACCAGAGAAACUUAAGGCAAUGACACCUAAUAGCCAAAUGCUCUAA